AUGGGAGUCCGAAGACGCUGGAUCCGUGAGCGCCACCAGAAGGGCCCAGUCCGGGGUCCUGGCGCGGAUUCUGCUCUCUGCCGAGGCACCUCGUGGGCUCGAGUCCAUGCCGGGCCGGAUGAAGGGAAAGGCCGGGGAGUGGGGAGCCGGGGGUGCCCUGAAAGCUCAGAGGCGACCGACGGCGAAGCUUCCAGGUCAACUUGUGCCAGAAGCUUUGCUUUUCGCGGUUGGCCCAGUUUGGGGGAGGGGCGCGGGGCGGCACCGAGGACCCAGGGGAGGAAGUGGGGCUGCUGGGGCGCGUUUGGAGCGGGAUCCGGGAGCGAGGGUGGUUUCUCCCUCCCGGGCACCAGUCGCAGUCUCUUUAACUCCAGUAACUAUGAGAAGUUCAAGUUAGAAGGCAGGGCUGAGCAGAAAGGGACCCUCUGCUCGCAUCCCGCACGCGCGCCCUCCCGCCCGCCGGGGAGAGCUGCCGCCGCCGCCGCCGCCGCCCGGCUCAGAGGGAUCCCGCCGGACCUGCCCCUUCCACUGCGGCUCACUCUGCCCUGCCUGGCGCCAGUCCUGGAUCGCCGGCUUCCUAUUUAUACCGGACUGGGCUCCUUUCGACUCACUUUACCAUCCUGUUCCAGCCCUGCAUUUCAGUUGUCAAUGGGGGUUGGAGGUGUCCAAGAAAGAAAGAAAAAAAAGAAGCAGAAAAAGGAAGGAAAGGAGGAGAAGAAACACAAGAAGUACCUGAUGCAGAGCUCCAGUUCCUACUUUGUGGGUGUGAAUGUUCAAGAUGCCGUAAAAUGGCCAUGGUCUUUAGCCAUGCACCAAUGGUGGUUUUGUGUGUUGGCUGCUCUACUGUCUUCUGCCCAGCCUACAGGGAAAAAAAAGCAGGACAUGCAGAUGUUCCUGUAGGAGGAAGCAGCACUAAUAUCAUUCUGAAUCAAGAUAAAUGGAAAACCAUCCCAAUAAACACAAUUGGAUGUUAAAAACUAAGAAUAUUUAUUAGUAAUGACGGUUUAAUAACAGGUAGCCGAAUAGAUUCAGGACUCUGAAAAGUCGCUUUUUGGCACUAGGCCUUCAUGACAAUGUCUGAGAGAGGAUGUUACACAUUGGCUUCUGUCUCUGACAUUACCACAUUACCUGUAACUCUAGACAAAUCACUUUUCUUUAUUCAGGUCUCAGUUUCCCAUAUGUGAAGAGAGAGAGAGUAUUUCCUUCAUUUAACUACUGUAUAGGCUUGCAUUCAGGAGAAGUGAACUGAAUGUUCCCCCAAAUAAUAAUUGGGAACUCUCCUAGUGAUUUGCAGGAUAAAUUGAAGGUUAAACAGUAGAAUAAGGAAGAACAUAUUCUCCCCCUGAAAACUUCCCAGAGGCCGGAGGUCAUAGGAAUGUACCCAGUCAUCUUUGUUGAAGUCAUCAGAUACAAACAAGAAGUAAAACAUGUCAAUGUAUUUUGAGUGCAUUGGCAGAAAUUAUACUACUUAUAUUCACAAAUUAUUUUAUAUGGAUGAAAGUUUUCAAAGGAUUGGAGUUUGUGAGAAAGCACUUGUUUGAUAUUCUGAAUGCUCAUUUUAGAAGGAAAUGAAAGUCUCUAUGAGGAAGACAAUCCAUCUUUAUCAUAAAGAAUUAUUAUCCAAAUUUGUAAACUAUUAAAAUCACCUUCUCCACUCUCAAAUUUUUAUUUCAUUUGUGGCAAUAAUUUUGUUCUUUCUCUUACCAAUUUUUAAAAAGGAAUAUGUGUAUUGCUACAUUGGAAUAUUCAACAGCCCAUUGAAAGUUUUGUAGUUAAUGGAAAGACAUGAUCUAAAUUUCUCAGUCAAAUAUCUAUAUGCUUAUUAAUCACAUAUUAUUUUAUCUUUACAAGGAUAUAUCACCUUGAUUGCAGUGCUAGUUUCUCUAUAGACAACCUGUUUAUAUCUUGAGGUAUUUAUUGAUUAUCGCUCUCUGCUUCUUUGAUAUUAGUGCAAAUCUCUCCAACUUUCCAUUUAAAAAAAUUAUCUGUUGUUCUGUUUAUCCUGUUUAUCACCAUAUCCUUCUUUAUGUUCUGUAUAUGUUUAUCACCAUAUCCUCCUUAUUCUUCCACUACACCCCAGUAUACCCAAUCCUAUUUCUGUGUCUAUUAUUUAUUUUAUAAUACCAUAUUUCAGAGUAUUCCAGUAAGGUUGUUGAAAUUGUUCUGAGUUAAUAUAGUAAUUGUUGAAGUAUUGUCUGGAAGUUUGAAUAAAUUUGGGGAGUCGAUUGUCUAAGGUGACAAAUAAUUCAAGAAUUCUGAUGAGUAUUUCUUUUUAGUUGUUUAAAGACAACCCAGUAGCUAAAGGAUAUAUUUUCUCAAAAUCAAAUAGUAAGAUGUAGCCACAGUUAAUACAACAUGAUAAAUCUGCACCAGAAUCUUUUUAUUUUGUCUUUACAUCUUAAUUGAGCUUAGAGCAAAACAUAGGUCAAGAUAAGGACUGAUUUAAGUCCUCUGUAGGGUUUUAAAUUCCAACUGCCAGAAUAUUUGGUUUUGUUUUAUUCCUUUUUAUGCGUAUUAAUUUUCUUGACUUUGUAACAGUAGUGUCAAAAGAAGUUCAAUACUUGCAGAGAGAAUUUCAAGAACACUCUUAUUGUGUAAGAUGCAGAUUUUUGCAGCUCUCAUCUUUGAGACAUGCUUUUAAUGAAACUGUCUCCAUAAACCUGAAAUACGUAUAUUAUUGGCACAAAAUUCUACAGAGUCUCUGAAAUGGGUAAAAAUUGUCAGUUGAAUCUUAUAUGUCCAUUUAAUGAUAUGUACUGCAGAUGUUUGGAGGAAAACUGAAAUAUAGUGAUUUAAUUAGGUAAUAGAGACAGUACUUAAUUUUGAAGGUGAAACUGUGUGUGUUUGUGUGUUCAUUUGUUGUUGUUUCCCAAAAUUAGUAUUUGUCAGCAUGGGUAUCUGUCAGUAUGUAAUGUCAUUUUUCAGAACUAUUAUUAGUAUAAACAUUUAUUUAGUUGUUCUCUAAGAUUCAGAGUACUUUUAAAAUAAACAUUUAAAUGUUAGAACAGAUUUAGAUUUACAGGAAAAUUGGGAGGAUAAUACAGCAUUCUCAUAUGACCAGUGUCCAGUUUUUCCUAACAUAUUAGUACGAUGCAUUUGUUAUAAUUGAUGGAUAAUAUUGAUUAAUCAUUAUUAGCUGAGUUAUUAUUUGCUGAAUGCAUAGAUUAUUCAGAUUGCCUUAGUUUUUAUGUAAUGUUCUUUUUCUGAUUUUAGGAUCCCAUCCAGGAGACCAGAUUACAUUUAGUUGUCAUGUUUUCUUAGGCUCAUUUUGGCUGUACAUCUUCUCAGUCUUUUCUUGUUUUUGAUCACCUUGAUUUUGAGAAGUGUUGGUUUGUAGAAUGAUCCUCAACUAGAAGUUGUCUGAUGUUUUCCUCAUGAUUAGACUGGGAUUAUGGUGGGUUUUUGGGAGGAUGACCAUCAUAGGAAAGUCUCAUUUGAUUAUAUAAUUUAGGGAUACGUGUGAUAAAUAUGAUUCAUCACUGCUGAUGUUAAACUUGUUCACCAAGCUGAUUUAGUGCUUGUCAUGUUUCUCCAUAAUAAGAUAUAAUUUUCUUUUUAUCACUCUUUCCAUAUUGUACUUCUUGGAAAAAAGUCACUAUACACUCUUAAGGAGUGGCGAACAACUUCUUCAGUUUCUUCUAGGUGGAGUAUUUACAACAAUUACUUGGAAUUCCCCUGCAAGAAAAAUUUGUCCAUUCCCACCCCCACUUAAUUAAUUAAUUAAUUAAUAUUAAUACAAACUCAUGGAUAUUUAUUUUAUACUUUGGGUUAUAAUCCAAU